GCCACUCGGGGUGUUCACCAGGCUCCAGACUUCUGAGGAGCCCAUCGCUCCAGCAGCAGAUCAGCUUUGAAGGAUGGAAAAAAGACAAUAUAAGCUGCCUGGAUUUAAGGAUACUCAUCUUUCAGCAGGUUCUAGCCACAACCCAAAUCUGUGGCUCAGUCUCAUUGCAAAUAAAGCCUGCCUGCUCUGCAGUGCUGCUGGUCCUCUGGCUAUGGCUGGGUUGGAAGGAGGUGACCUGCAUUCUACUUAGUCCUGCCACUGCCUCGCUGCGUGAUGCUGUAAAAUUUCUUGAAGUAAUCAAGCCCUUCUGUGUUAUCUUGCCUGAAAUCCAAAAGCCAGAACGGAAGAUUCAGUUUAAGGAAAAGGUGCUAUGGACAGCUAUCACACUCUUCAUCUUCUUAGUAUGCUGCCAGAUUCCCUUGUUUGGUAUCAUGUCAUCAGACUCAGCAGAUCCUUUCUACUGGAUGAGAGUGAUUUUGGCUUCAAAUAGAGGUACAUUGAUGGAGCUGGGGAUUUCACCUAUUGUCACUUCUGGGCUCAUAAUGCAGCUCUUGGCAGGUGCCAAGAUAAUUGAAGUUGGUGACACUCCAAAGGACAGAGCUCUCUUCAAUGGAGCACAGAAAUUGUUUGGAAUGAUCAUCACCAUUGGACAGUCGAUUGUCUAUGUAAUGACUGGAAUGUAUGGAGACCCAUCUGAGAUGGGUGCUGGUAUCUGCUUGCUUAUUACAAUUCAGCUUUUUGUUGCUGGAUUGAUAGUUCUGCUGUUGGAUGAGCUCCUCCAGAAAGGAUAUGGUCUUGGUUCUGGAAUCUCUCUCUUCAUUGCUACCAAUAUCUGUGAGACUAUUGUGUGGAAGGCGUUCAGCCCCACCACAGUGAACACAGGACGAGGUAUGGAAUUUGAGGGAGCCAUCAUUGCUCUGUUCCAUCUUCUGGCUACUCGUACAGACAAAGUCAGAGCUCUUCGUGAGGCUUUUUACCGCCAGAAUCUCCCCAACCUUAUGAACCUGAUUGCCACCAUCUUCGUCUUUGCUAUUGUAAUUUAUUUCCAGGGCUUCAGAGUGGAUCUUCCUAUCAAAUCUGCUCGCUACCGUGGCCAGUACAACACCUACCCUAUCAAGUUGUUCUAUACUUCCAACAUUCCCAUCAUUCUUCAGUCAGCCCUGGUGUCAAACUUGUAUGUCAUCUCCCAGAUGCUUUCUGCUCGCUUCAGUGGCAACUUACUGGUUAGCCUGCUGGGCACUUGGUCUGACACAUCAUCUGGAGGCCCUGCUCGUGCUUACCCAGUUGGUGGACUCUGUUAUUAUCUGUCACCUCCAGAGUCCUUUUCUUCAGUGUUAGAAGACCCUGUACAUGCAGUUGUUUAUAUUGUAUUUAUGUUGGGCUCCUGUGCUUUCUUCUCUAAGACAUGGAUUGAAGUCUCUGGCUCCUCUGCCAAAGAUGUUGCCAAACAGUUGAAAGAACAACAAAUGGUAAUGCGAGGCCACAGAGAAACUUCAAUGGUACAUGAACUUAACAGGUACAUCCCUACAGCUGCUGCAUUUGGUGGUCUCUGCAUUGGUGCCCUCUCCGUGUUGGCAGACUUCCUUGGGGCAAUUGGGUCUGGAACUGGAAUUUUGCUUGCUGUCACUAUCAUUUAUCAGUACUUUGAAAUUUUUGUAAAGGAACAGAGUGAAGUUGGCAGUAUGGGAGCUCUUCUUUUCUAAACCUAGCUUCUCAUGGACCCAGGAAAGAGGGGAGGAGCAUUCUCAAAAUAUAGCCAGUCAGGUGAAAAGAAGUAACAUCAACUUGACCAUGUCAUUCUAUGGGAACACAUAUUUUAAUAAUGUUUCCAAAGUGCAUUCCCUUAUGUUCAGACUUUUCUAGCAUACUGUUUGUGUUUUAUAAAUUGAUGAUGAAAAAUGUAGAAAAAAAUUUUUUUAAGAAAAUUGUUUUUUAAUUAUGUGUUUUAGGAGAAUCAGCUUUCUGAAUUGGAUUUAUUUCAGUGACUCUUGAAAUUUUUUUUUUGAGCCCCUUUCAAAUUUAUUAUACCUGAAGCCUUUACAGGUUUUAAUAAAUAAUUGUGGGGAGGGUUGAAUGCUUGGAAGUGAUUUUUUUUUUUUUUUUUUUCCAUUUAACUUGUUUUUGCAGCUCCUUUGCAGUAGUGGUGAGAAAAAUCUCUCCCUCUGAUGCUCAAGUUCCGUAAUUGUUCUAUUUUGUGGGUUUUUUUCAGUAUGGCAGAUUUGGAAGGCAGUUGUUUCUUUUUAGUAAACGAGAUCUCUAAUUCCAAAAUGUUUUGUCUUGUAAUUACUAUGCUAGACUUUGUCAGAUGUUGAAUAUUGGCUUGAGACUGUUGUCAAGUUUCUGUAUAAGACACGAAUGUGUUCUUUCCCACCACCACUCCUCCACAAGCAGAAAACUCAGGUCAAUCUAGAUUCUGCCAGGGUCUGUGCCUAAGAAUUCCAACUUUGAAACUUGGUCAUACUGGCAGCUUUGUAAAGCCUUCUGAUUAGUUUUAAUUGCCUUUAGUAGUAGAACUUGCUUGCUGAAAGAGUGGAUGUUAUGGCUGCUUAGGUGCAAAUCUGCUUGUGCUCUUUGCUGAAGCUGAGUUUCUUUCACUGAUAAUAAAUUCCAGUCGUGUUGCAAUCAGGAUGUUAUCUGACUACUCAUAUCUAGAGAAUUUUGAGACUCAUUACAACAAAGGAGUGUGAAAAGAAUGUGUUACUUCUCUGUUUCUAUAGAUCUAGACACGAGACCCUUGUCAGAUAACUCUGAGUUACUUUAGUAGAAGGCUUUUCCACCCUCUAAUCUCAUUGACUUGAAUGGUGUGUAGAAAAGUACUUUUUCAGGAGGUAUUUGUUACUCCUUAUUUUUGAGGAUCACACCUACAAACUGGAGAAGUUACAGGAGAAGGCUUUAAUGGACCAGAGUAAUACUUCAUUUUCCAUUUUAAUUUAGAUCAUCAGUACUAAUCAGGUGCCUAGGACCAAAUGCAAAUAUCUGUGUACAAGUCUUGUAAAUACACUUUUCCUCCAUCAGUAUUGCACAACGUGGAAAUCAGAAUGAGGAGUUAAAAUGUUGAGGAGUUAAAAUUUUUCUCUGUGUUGCAUCAACUUGCCUUCUGUGCAUGUUGGGCUGGCAGUGUGUGAGUGACUGUUUCUGCUUGGAAUGAUGGGACUGUUACAUACCCAAGGAACACAGAUGACACCCAGAAACCCUUCUUAGUGCAUUGAGCUCAAAUAGGAAAUGUGUGAGAAACCUGCAAAUUUGGAAUGUGGUACACCUAUCAAUAAAAAUGAAACUCCUGGGGUGAGGAUCAGAGUUGGAAAAAGAAUAAAAGUAUCAGGAUAAAGUAUCCAUGAAAUACUACCAACCAUUCACUAUUCAUACUAUAUUCAAAAUGUUUUGUUUUUUAUAAAGUAUAGAUGCCAGAGCACAAUUUUGAUGUGAAACAAAGGACGGUUAAAAGGAAAGGGAAGGAGCAUGAUGUGAUUCUUCUGCUUUGGGGAUAUUUGUGUUUUUUCCCAGGAAGCCCAAUACAAAUUCUGGUUUGAAAUUAAAAGGACUCCACUUCUGGGCAAGCAGUUCUGGCUGGGCUGGAGCUGGGCUUGUAUUUUUGGUCAUAUCAUCUGUUUGAACUAGUUGCAGUUCAGACCAUUAGCUCUUCAGUGUCUAAGCAGCACUUGUUCUAUGCAUCUGUAUUUUUGUUGUCCAGUGCUGGAAUCUUUGUUAUCAAGCAGCUAUGUCCUCAAAGCAGGACCUGCUGAUUGUACAGUGGAUGUUGACAAAAAGAAAUAAUGCCUAAACAAUCUGCUUUAUAAUGAAAUAAAGUACAUCUUUGGAGCUAA